CCCUUUAAAGCACAACACGUGUGUAGUAAAAGUGACGUCAUACCAGCCGGUUCGAUAAACGCGCAAUUCGUGCUUUAAAACUGGUCUCGAAUUUUAGCGCGAACGUUUCGAAAUUGGCGGGGUAGAAUCUUUUUGUUUACGAGAAUACAGGCUUGUGGUAUUUUACCAGAACCAGAAGGAAGUAUAGUAACAUUCUAAACUUGAGUGUUCCGUAUUUGGCCGAAAAAUCGAAAUCCUAUGCGACGAAACGCAUGUAAUUCAAUAUAGCCAAGUUCCAGUAAUCAGUCAUAGAUUAAUAGAAGCCGUACAGUUGGAUUAUUAAAACAAGAAAAACUUAAAUUUUAUGAUAAUUACAGCCUUUAAAUGGUUUAAAAAUUGGUUUACUUUGUUUUAGUGUAAACGUUUAGUUCCUAUAUUUUUUAUAGUUGUCUCUGGUUGGAUUUGCUAUUUAUGAAUGAAUGAAUGAAUGUAACUUACUUUAUCCUCGCGUGUCCGGAAAACGACAGUCGUUAUAACGCGGGUGUUCAUACACCUCGUGCCAGCUUACGAGUUACCAUGUACUUUCUAACGCUUUAGCCGUCAAAGCCGUGUUUACAUGAAAGUACCUACUGUUAACUCCACAGCACUAUCUCUGAAAGUAGCUUGUAAAUAAACCAAAUAACAACCGCUAUGAGCCGAGUGCGAAGGGUGUCAGGCCCCGUACCAUCCUGCCACAACGAAGCCAAAUAUUCUGUGGAUUUCUUCGCAAAACCAAAUCUUCCAACGUCAGUGGAAGAUCUUUGCGCCGCUGAAGAGGCUGACUUGAACGAAUCAGCCCUACCUCUACUGCCCCCUAAUGGAAAUAAUGGCCGAGACUCGUUUAUCGUCAACAUUGGAGACCCAAAUGAAGAUAGUUCUGGUUUUUCCUCAUUUUCCUCCAACAGGUCGGACGAAGCAGAUUCAAAUUCGGCAGGAGUGGAUUCAAGCCAGAAAAAGUUGAUGUCAUCACCUGACGCCUCCAAGAUCGAGAUGAACAAAGAUGACGACAGCGAUGACGAAAUGGAUUUUGUGCAAACCAAUCCUGUUUUACGGUGUAUUGUUUUACCAAUCGAAAUGUUUUCAAAGUUUGUAACACUCAAUAAAAGACUCAUUCUCCUCAUAUUUGGUGCUUGCCUUGCUUUGGGUGUAACAGCAUACAUGGUUGCCGCUUUAAUAACCAACUUUCAACGUGCUUUAACUCUUCUUGUAAUAUGGCUGGUGGUGGUGGUGUACAACAUGUACGCUCUUCUUCGUGAUAAUUUUGGUGACUCAAUUACUCAUCACAUGCGUCCUGUGUUUAAAUCUUGUGGAAGGAACAUGUUCUGGAUCCAGUGGGUUUUUGUUGCAUUAGUGGUGGCAGGCUUGGCUACAUGGAUUGCGAUAGACACUUCGAAACGCCCGGAACAACUUAUUUCUGGCGCGGGAUAUUUGGUUUUCCUAUUCGGAUUGUUCAUCACUUCAAAAUAUCCUAGUCGGGUUAUUUGGAGACCUGUGUUUUGGGGGUUGUUUAUUCAAGUUUGCCUUGGAAUGAUCAUCCUUCGUACACAAGCUGGUUUUGAUGCUUUUAACUGGCUUGGUAGUUUAGCACAGACUUUUAUCAACUAUGUAGAUGCCGGGGCUUCGUUUGUGUUUGGAAAGAACUAUCUGGACCAUGCUUUUGCUUUCAAGGUGCUUCCUAUAGUCAUUUACUUCAGUGCGUUUAUUUCCAUCCUGUAUUAUCUUGGAGCAAUGCAGUGGCUCAUAUUCAAGAUAGCUUGGCUUAUGCAGAUGACACUAAACACAUCGGCUACUGAAUCUAUGGUAGCAGCAGGAAACAUUUUCGUUGGCCAGACCGAGUCCCCACUACUGAUCCGCCCUUAUUUGGACGACCUUACCACAUCUGAACUACAUGCUGUAAUGACUGCUGGCUUUGGAACAAUUGCUGGAAGUGUGUUGGGUGCUUAUCUGGGAUUUGGGAUACAAGCGGUAUACGUGAUCACAGCGUGUGUGAUGGCGGCACCUUGCGCACUCGCUGUUUCAAAACUGGUUUAUCCAGAAACAAAAAAAUCGAAGUUUAGGUCUCAUGCCGGCCUUCUGCUCGAAAAAACGGAACAUAGAAAUAUUAUAGAAGCAGCAUUUGUUGGAGCUUCUCAAGCAAUUCCUCUAGUGUUGAACAUUGGUGGAAAUUUGAUCGCGUUUCUUGCUCUUCUUUCUGCUGUCAAUGGAUUUUUAAGUUGGUUUGGUGGUCUCAUGGAUUGUCCACAGCUUAGUUUUGAGUUGAUUUGUUCGUAUAUCUUUAUGCCCGUCACUUAUCUUAUGGGAAUCGCUUGGAAAGAUUGUUUCAAGGCUGCUGAGCUAAUCGGAACCAAGAUUUUCCUCAAUGAAUUCAUCGCUUAUGAGUCCUUAGCUGGUAUGAUAAAAGCCAGAGACAGUGGAGUUAUAUUACGCAUUAGCCCCAAUAAUGGUACAGUAAAUUGGAUUGACGAAAGAUCAGAGGCUAUUGUCACUUAUGCUUUGUGCGGGUUUGCAAACGUUGGUUCUUUGGGAAUCAUGCUUGGUGGGCUGGGUAGCAUGGCCCCACAGAGACAAGGAGAGAUGGCUAAGAUUGUGAUCAGAGCUUUGAUAGCUGGAAUAUUUGUCAGUAUUCUCAAUGCUUGUGUUGCUGGUUUCUUUUACACACCUCGUCCAAUCGUAUGCGACCACAUGUUACUUGCUUCUAAUUGGACGAAUACGGAACCUGCUCGGUUAUGGCAGUGUUGCUCAACAGAAGUUUAUUCCGGGGCAACUAAUACCAGUGCUUGCCUGAACUGCUGUAGUUAUGAUUGGUCAAGUACUCCUUACAGUUUGAACUGUACGAAUAGAUGCUUAUAAUCUAGGCUUAUAGUUACAUGCUUGAGGUUAAUUUUAAACAUGCCCACUAAUGCUAAGCUUACAACAGCGCAGCGUAUUACUAAACUCUGAUACCCUUCAAAUUUUUUUAGCUUUUGCUGUGAAUUUUUAGUGUUUGUAUUUAUAUGCUGCCUUGUUUAAUAUCACCUACUAAAUUGAAAAAAUUCAGCAGUUGUUUUUUAGUUACCUUACUCAAAUGACACAAUUAUACUCAAAUGACACAAUAUUUUACCCAAUCCAUAACUUGCUCAGCCUUUUUAGUGUAUGUAACAUAUUGUGCACAUUUACUGAUAAGAAAUUACACUUUGUUUUUUGACUAUAUAGUGUCUGACGUGACUUAACUGUGUUGAAUGACAUUGCCAGCGAUUUAGUUCCAAAGUUCCAAAUUUCAUUUUUGUAUCACUGUUGCUAAAAUAUUAAUCUGUUUAGUUGCUGUUUUUUUUCCGUAGUAAGAGCUGUUGGUGUUACAAAGAUUCCAACAACUUUAAAAUUGUUUUGCAUUUUAAUGCUACCAUGUACAGAUUGUGUUGCAUGAAUUCUGCUUUUAAUUCCAGUUUUGUUUAAAUCGAGAUAAAUCGAAAAUAAACAAUUUAGUUGCAA